AUGGAAGUUCUCCACAUCUCCAAGCUCCUUGAGAGCAGUGCUGAAGGUCUCCACCAUCUGAAGCCAAAGCUGAGUCUGUUUGGCAAAUGUUGCAGCAUGCUGAUUCAGUUGCUUUGCCUCCACAUCCAACUUUCUUUGAUUCAAGCUUCAACAGGUGACAUCCAAGUGAAUGGAGUUGAUUCAUAUGAAAAAGUGGUGAUAUUAGAUGCCGGUUCACAGUAUGGAAAAGUCAUUGAUAGACGUGUCCGUGAGUUGCAAGUGGAAAGUGAGAUCCUACCUCUUGAUACACCUGCAUACACCAUAAUGGAAAAGGGCUAUAAGGCCAUCCUGAUAUCAGGUGGACCAGGAUCUGUAUAUUCUGAGGAUGCUCCUCAGUAUGAUGGGGAUAUAUUUCGCAUCGGCAUCCCUGUUUUGGGGAUUUGCUAUGGCAUGCACGUGAUGAAUCGUGAAUUUGGAGGAACUGUCACCAAGUCAGAAGUCAGAGAAGAUGGCCAAUAUGAAGUUGAAGUUGACACUCGUUGUGUCCUGUUUCAAAACCUUGAAAAGAAGCAGGAUGUUCUGCUCACUCAUGGCGACAGUGUUGACAAGCUAGCAGAUGGUUUCCGAAUCAUUUCGUCUUCUGCUUCGGCCGUAUCGGGAAUCGCCAACGACAAGUUGCACCUCUAUGGACUUCAAUUCCAUCCUGAGGUUGAUAUGACAGAAAAUGGAGCUAAAAUCAUGAAGAACUUCCUUCUGAGUGUGGCCAAUGUGACUCCAAACUACACAAUUUCCAAUAGAGAACACCAGUGCCUCUCCUAUAUCAAGGAAGCGGUUCAAAAUCGCAAAGUCCUCAUGAUGCUGAGCGGAGGGGUGGAUUCUACGGUGUGUGCGGCUCUUCUCUCCCGUGCCCUCAAGCCGGAGCAGGUGAUGGCCUUGCAUAUAGAUAAUGGUUUCAUGAGGAAGGGGGAAAGUCAGCAGGUUCUGGACUCGCUGACCAGCCUCGGUCUCAAAGUCAAGGUUGUGAAUGCAUCGAAGACCUUUUACGAUGCAACGACAUCUGUUCCACUGGACUUGGAUGAUCCCAAUUCAAGAAGGCGAAUCACUCAAGCUUUAUGCAGAACCUGUGAUCCCGAGGACAAGCGCAAGAUCAUCGGGGACGUCUUUGUCGAGGUCGCCAACGAUGCGAUGGCAGAAUUAAAUCUGAACCCAGAGGAAGUUUACCUGGGCCAGGGGACUCUGAGGCCGGACCUGAUCGAGUCAGCUUCCCACAUAGCCAGUCAUGCAGCCGAUGCAAUUAAAACCCAUCAUAACGAUAGCGAUCUCGUGCGGCAGCUCCGGCUCGCCGGGCGUGUCGUGGAACCUCUCAGGGAUUUUCACAAAGAUGAGGUGAGGCAGAUAGGAGUAACGUUGGGUCUACCAUCGUCCAUCGUCCAGAGGCAUCCGUUCCCGGGACCUGGCCUGGCCAUUCGCGUUCUCUGUGCUCAAGAGCCCUUCAUCGACAAGGGCUUCUCGGAGACGCAGGUCCUCGUUCGCAUCAUCGUCGAUUAUCAUCAGAGUCUCGUGAAGAAGCACGCCCUCCUCAACCGCAUCGACAAUGCCACGUCUCAGGACGAGCGCGAACUUCUCCUCAAGAUCUCUUCCUCUCGGCAGAUGGCAGCUACACUACUUCCCAUCAAGUCUGUUGGAGUCCAGGGAGACCAUCGGACAUACAGUUAUGUUGUGGGAAUCUCGACGAACGGGGAACCAGACUGGGAAGCACUUUCUUUCUUGGCUCGACUGAUUCCCCGAAUUUGUCACAACGUGAAUCGAGUGGCAUACAUCCAUGGUGGCAUGACCAAGGACCCAGUCCAUGAUAUCACCCCAACCUGCCUCACUCACAACGUCCUGGCUAUCCUCCGCCAGGCAGAUCAUGUCGCCCAUCAGAUUCUGGGGAAGUUCAACUGCUAUGAUUCAGUGAGUCAGAUGCCAGUGGUGCUAAUCCCUGUUCACUUCGACCGGGACCCUUUGUAUCGCGUCCCAUCUUGCCAGCGCUCCCUCGUCCUCCGCCCUUUCAUCACCAGGGAUUUCAUGACGGGAAUCGCUGCCAUCCCUGGGAAGCAUCUCCCACUUGAGGUGGUGAAUGCAAUGUGCUCGGAGCUAGCAGGUAUCCAGGGAAUAUCCCGUGUUCUCUAUGACCUCACUUCAAAGCCUCCAGGUACAACAGAAUGGGAAUGAUGACCCAAGAUGGAUGUAUCUUUAUCAUCUGUUCCCUGUUUGCCUCUCUGUUUGACCUUCUCUUUGCAUUUCCUCCCCUUGCCUUUCUUCUCCUCACUCUCCUGUCCUCUUAGCCUUCCCUUUCCAGUAUUUUGUGGUUGGAAUGAAUGAAUGAAAUGAUCUAAUAUGAAA